UAUCUAUUGCGCUCUCGCAACCGCAACACAACGCAGCAGAAUCGUUUAUUUUAUUGUUUCGUUCGUUGUUUUAUUCAUCGGGUGAGCUCAUUUUAAGAAUUUGGAUUUUACAGAUUGGUAAAGAAGUAUAUAUUACGUCGAAAGAUCGCUAUAACUCUUUGAAACCGAAUUAAAUUACAAACAAAUCCACAAUGAAAUUCAAAUAAAAUUUAGAAAGAAACUGUUAACGGAGGAAGUGUUACAUACAUUUCAGUUAUAAAAUAAUCAAGAAAUGGAUUUAUUCAAGCAUGGUAUGAAGGGGCCAUCAAGACCAGCACCAGCAGCCCCAGGGCUCAGAGUUAACCGCUAUUCUCCUGUCACCAACUGGAAUGAUGAUCCAUUCGGAGCAGAUGUAUUUGAGCCCACACCUUUUACACAAAAGAAAAAACCACCACCUCGCCCUCCUCCGCCAAAAGUGAAUAAGCAACCAGAUAUUCCUGCUAAACCUUCACAUUUUAUUAGAAGACCAACAGUACUUUCUUCGUUGAUGACUCGAAAAAAAAAUUCAGGAAAUAAUACCUCCUCUGAGCCAGCACAGACUGUGGUGUUUACAGACUACAGCGGUGACCUUGAUACUCAUAGAAUGUUUCCUAAAUGUGAACCUAAGAAUGUGCAAACUGGUGCACUGAUAGAUUUGUCAUCUCCUCCAAGUUCACCCACAUUUACUACCAGAUCUAGCAGUGAUGGACUCAGUGUUGACAGUUUUGGUUCUGAUGCCACUACAUCCACAAAUCAACAUCAUGCCAAUAAUGGCAAUGCAUCCCAAGCUGAAAGUGGAUUUGAAGAUGAUUUUGAUUUAUUUUUGAACACUAGAAAACCCGUGAAAGAGGAUACCUUGGAUGAUUUUAGUACAAUAGACCCGUUUUCGCCUUUGCCGGCGUCAAAUAAGCCUCCAAUUUCAAAAAAACCUGUAUUCAGUAGAGAUAUUUAUGAUUCAUCUAGUGGCCAAUCAGUUGCUCGGUUGAAGGGCCCCACGAUUAUCCGCGCUAAGCCAGCAAGACCUAAACCUCCUGAUAAUUCUGCACUGCUGAAGAAUACUUUCAAAUCAAGUUUUCCAGUUGCAUCGAUGAGUUUGAACACUACAACUCCUAUACAAAAAAUCAGUAAUAGCUUUGGCGAUAAUCAUAAUUCGAAACUCUUGGGCUGGGACGUCGAAUUGACUCGAGAUCGGGAGUCGUCGCCACCAAUGCCAAGUAUACCUCCCCCUCCCCCGCCGCCCGUGGUCGACGAUGACCUGCCCUUGGCAUGGCCGGACGACUUGCCGGAGGAGUUGGCCGACGAGUUGCCAGACUUGCCUGGGCUGGAUCCGCCCUCACACCCUACCGAACUAGAGGAACCGUACGCAAUAGCUCUCUUCGAUUACUUCACGGAUCAUCCAGAUGACUUGUGUUUUUCGGCACACUCGAGAAUCAAGUUAAUACGCAGAGUGGACCACGAGUGGCUAUACGGCAGCUUGCACGGGGACGAGGGUCUCUUCCCUUCCAACUACGUGGAAGUGAAGGUGCCUUUACCAAAUGAAUCCGCUUCAGUGCACCGUCUCGGUGUGGCCACGGCGCUGUACGACUUCAGUCCGCACCAGGCCGGCGACCUGCCCUUCCGGGCCGGAGACUCCAUCGCCGUCUUCCACAAACUCAGCGACGAGUGGUACUUCGGUGAGUGCAAUGGCGUCAAAGGACAAUUCCCAGUUAAUUACGUUCAAAUGAAAUAGUCAUAAUCAUCGCAUCACGAAAUCGAUGCGACGUGCACGAAGACUGAUGUCGACCAUAUCACAAUCCAUGUAUUUACAAUAUUAAAUUCCUCCAUGAUAUGGCAGACUAGACGCACUUUCCCACUUUUUGAUACAAAUUUAAAUUGUUAAAAGGAAAUUACAAGUAAAUUAAUUAAAUUGUGACUUUGAAAUGACUACCUGCUUAAUUGUGUCUAAUUACUAAAACCAGACAAAAUAUGUGAAGCCAUUAAGUUGUACAAUUAUAAAUUUGUGUAUUCGCGCCGUUGUUGCCAUAAUAACGUUACGUAUAUAGGUAUUCACUAAGCUUCUAGCAUUUGAGUGUUGUCACUUGAAGUUAUUUUGUAUUUUAAUAUAAUCACUGCAAGCUAGGUGAAUGAAUGACUGAAUUUAAUAUAUGUAUAAUAGAGCUUGUAAAAUAUUGUCCCAUAAUAGAGUAUUAAUAUAUUUUAGAAGUAAUGUUGUGUAAUAUAGUUAAAAAUCGAUCUGAUCAUUAGUUUAUAAGUAAUUAAUUCUCUUAUAUAAUUUGCAUAUUUUGUCGUCGACCAAAUAAUAGUUACAGUAUCCAUAUACUUUUGUAUCUAAAGUGUGGCUUACUGUGUCAUCAUCUACUUCAGCUGUAUUAUUCAGCAGCCUGUUGCGCUUAUAGCUGCGUAGUAUGUGUAUGUACUAAUUGCGUCGGUAAGAUGGCAGUCACGACUAUAUAACAAUAUAUAAAGUAACUUCUCCAUUAUCUCACUAUGUUGGGCCACAGAACAUGCCACUGUUAUUUUUUUUUUAAUGUAAUAUAAUGUUUUUUAUUGUUAGUUCUGUUUGUGUCAUUUGUUAUUAUUAAGAAUAAUUUUGGUGGGACCAUAAUGUUAAGUGCCUUAAGUAUGUUUGUAUAUGGCGAAUUUAUUUAUGUAAAAGAAUAAAAAUAGAUGCAAUAUGAAAUAUA